AUGCGGCUGCCCCAUAUCGUCUUGCUUUACUUCACGUCGGUCUCUCUGAGCCUCGUACCGACUUUGUCGCUGUCUGUGACUCCGCUUGAUCAUCGACGUCGUGAACUUGAACGGCGAAGGGACUGGGAGAAAGAGGGUAGGCUCGUUGAACGACGAUGGGACUCGGAGGAUAUGCUCGUCAAACACUCGUGGGUCGAACCUCCUCCUGGAUGGGCGGUCGUCCAGUCUGCACCGCCGUCGUCCGACCACCAAAUCACGCUUCAUAUUGGGUUGAAGCAGUGGGGUGCUGGGAGGCUUGUGGAGGAGUUGGGGAGGGUUAGUGAUCCGGCUUGGUUGGUUGCCAGGGUGCCAGUGGUGUAUCUAUGUCCUGAGAACGCGUACUUUCUUUUCUUUUGGAGGUAUGGACAGUACUUGUCGAAAGAGCAGGUUGAAGAGUUUACGCGUCCUCAUCCGGAUACGAGGAGGGUAGUCGAGGAUUGGCUGUUGUUUUCCGGUGUUUUACCUCCGGGAUACACUUCGAAAAGCCCGUCGCAAACAUACGACGCAAUGGGACUAAACCACGACACGAUCACACUCUCCCUCCCCCUCUCCCAAGCAGAACGCCUCCUCAACACGUCCUACCACACCUUCCUCCACCGAGCUUCGAACACCACCGUCCUCCGCACGCUAUCCUACUCCCUCCCAAGGAUCCUGCACGAGCAUGUGGAUCUUGUAUCGCCCACGACGUAUUUUGGUACGAUACGGAGUAUGAGGAGCAUGAGUUUUUUGCAGCCAGAACUUGUUAGGCCGUCGGAGUGGGACUCCGUGGUCGCUACUAGUAGUACUAGCGACACUCCCAACUUCCGUAGUGGAAAGACGGGUUCGGUUUCGUCUGAGGAGUCGUCGGAGGCGGUGGGUGUCGCGGUGGACUCUCAGCCUGAUCCUGCGGGGUUGGUGGAUGCUUUGUUGGGACCUGUAGCGGAGGGAUUGGCGGCUGCGAGUUGUAAUCUGUUCGUUACGCCGGCUUGUUUGAGGAGGUUGUAUAAUACUACCUCGUACAUCCCGACCUUGCGACAGAAGUCGGAGGGGGAGAGGGGGAACGUACUGUUGGGAGUGGGUGUUGCGGGGUAUCUGGAUCAGUUUGUUAAUGAUGCGGAUUUGCAGACGUUUUAUUCAAAGUUUAGGCCCGAAGCGAAGGGGUUUGGGGUUCCGACUGUGCAGGUUGAUGGGGGAGGGAAUGAUCAAUCUAAACCUGGUGUCGAGGCGAACCUCGAUGUGCAAUAUACAACCGCGAUGUCAUACCCUAUACCAAACAUCUACUACAGCACAGGCGGCACACCCCCCUUCCUCGCAGACACCCAAACACCGAGCAACACGAAUGAACCCUACCUCGCCUGGCUCACCUACCUCCUGAGCCAACCCACCCUCCCGGCAGUCAUCACGACGUCGUAUGGGGAUGACGAGCAGACUGUUCCUGUUGAGUAUGCUACGCGGGGGACGACGCGCGUCAACCCCGAGAUUGGGAUCAAGUUCUCUGGUGGGGGGUUCUCGCGGUACUUUGCGAGGCCUGAGUACCAGGAGAGGACUGUGAAGUCGUAUUUGGAUGCGACGGGUGUGGAGGAGAAGUAUGCGGGGUUGUUCAAUGUGAACGGAAGAGCCUAUCCGGACCUUUCGGCCCAGGCGAAUGGGUACCAAGUUGUCGUUGGAGGACAGGUUUAUUCUGUUGGAGGGACGAGUGCUAGUUCCCCUACAGUCGCAGGAAUAUUCGCCCUCCUCAAUGACUACCGACUAUCACAGAAUCGAUCCCUUCUGGGGUUUAUCAACCCGCUGAUAUACUCUGGUUAUGCGCGAGGGGCGUUUAAUGAUAUUGUUUCGGGGAAUAAUCCGGGGUGUCAUACGAACGGAUUUGAAGCGAGAAGUGGAUGGGAUCCUGUUACGGGUGUUGGAACGCCGGAUUUUGUAAAGUUGCAGGGUGUGGUUGUGAGGUAG